GUCCCUCCCAUCAUCCGCGUCGUCGCCGAACGCGACCUGCUCCUGCAUCAUGUUGUGCCCCUGCAUGUCCAGCCGCCCAUUCAUCGCCUUGGCCAGCUCGCGGCCCGUGGCGCCGUACCGCUCCCCCAGUAUAGAAACGCGCUUCGCGGCGACGGCCUGGCGCACCUGCGAGUCCCGCGCGAAGAUGAGCCGCGUGCGCAUCCAAGAUGCUUCCGCUGGAUUGGUCAUCCAAUUGAUAUACCUAUCGGCGGCCUCGUCGCACGCCGCGACGGCGGCCUCGACGGCGUCGCGCGGAUACCGCGCCCGCAGCGCGAGCGGCCCGCCAACAGAGCCCGCGUCGUCGUCGCCGUACUGGCGUCUUCCCUCGACCACGAGCGUCGCCCACCGCGGCGUCACAGAUUCGGCGUCCACCAGCUUCGUGGCCCGCCAGGCCCGCGCCUCGGCCGAGAAGAAGAGCUCGUCAUAAUCAACGCGCAGAGCCUUCUGGGAGAAGCCCGCGCGCGACGUCGGCGCUGGGUACUCUCGCGCGUCCGUCGCCUCCACCGCGAGAUCGUAGCCAGCAUCGAGCCGCGGCCUGAAGUCGACCUCGACCUCUAUAUUCUCACCGUCGUCCUCGAGGGACGCGUAGAAGUGCGGCGCCUCGACGCUCGGGCCGUUCCAGGCCUCGAGCUCCCACGACGUCGACGUGCCGUCGAUGAUCGACGUGGCCGCGCACCAGGCGCAGUCCCGGUCCGUCGCCUCGAAGCUGACUACUGUCCCUUGAGCCCCGUCGCCGAGAUCGAUCACGUCUUCCUGCAGCGGCGUCGCGGGCUGCAGGGCGGUGUGCAGCUUGUGCAUGGUGGCACGCAUCGAUGCGCCGACGUCGAGCGCCGAUGCAUGGCUCGCGGCCAGCGCUAUUGCUAUUGCAAGCUGCAUGGCAAAAGGCUGCGUCUGCAGCGUCGAAGGCGUGCAAGUGUGCUGACACACGUCGCCGGCGUGAAGCUGUGGUCUUGAACAGCACGGGGCUAGUGCGUAACGGGUAUUUUAUGCAGCUAUGCAGCUCCAAUUGCCAAUUGCCCACGCC